AUGGAGGAUGAACGCAGCCAAUCGCUGGCAGAGAUUGAAAAACAUCUGAGUAUUAUUGCCAAGACUAAUGAAGAACUGCAGCACAGGUUAAAUAACAAAGACAGUUGGAUUUGUGAUGCUGAUGAGGAUAUUAGUCAGGUAAAUUCUGUCAAUGAACAAAGCAAAGAACCAGAAGAAAUAGAAACUGGGAAUCUUGCCAAUUUCUCAGAUGCCUUCGCAUUACAAAUGAAUGAAAAUAUAUCAAACCAAACUGGUGCUGUUCCUCCUUCCACCCCCAGCAAUUUGGAGAAGUACUUGCAAGACCUUUACCAGGAACUUUGUGCAAGAGUACAGGAUCAGCAAAACCAGGCCAAUGAGAUUACCAAGGAACCAGCUGUAGAGUUAGAAGCAAUAAAAGCUUUGUUAGAUGAAGGCGAAAAAAGACUACAGAGGCUGUCUGCCAAGAACAAAGGCAACUGGACAAAGGAUGAAGAGACCAUGUUGGCUGUUGCUGGAGACCAGAUCUCAUCAUCUUUACUCUCUUCCAAACCAACACCAGAUGGUAACCAAGAGAUGAUGGAAAAUACUAAUUACAUACCUCCUUUUCAAGAUGGAUGGAUGGCUACCAAAACCAGCACACCUACACCAAACCUGGAAAAUGAUUCAUUUUCACUUGUUAAAGAAGCUGUCAAUGAUACCUGCAAGGUUCCCUUGACAAAUUCUACAGUUCCUGAAGAAUCUAAGAAAAUCCAAACUCCAAGACCAGUUGGUCCAAUUCAAGCUGCAACUUCCCCUGCUAAUCGAAGCGACACAACUGCUUUCCUUGAAAGUAGAAGUUUGGGUAAAGGAAAAGAUUACUUUGAGGAAAUGUUCGACAAAAACAAAGAUUUGUUAGUCCUUGGCCAAGGUUACAGGGUAGGAAGAAAUCAUGUUUCUAAAGCACCAACUCCGCCUAUUUUCAAUGAAUACAAUGCUACCACAUCAAGUGCCAUUGGCAAUUUGUGCAUCCUUGAAAUCAAUGAUGAAGGAAAGUUUGUGCGACUUUACAAUGCAGAUCAAAAGGAUGCUGAAAUUGGAUGCUAUAUGAUAAAGCAGAAUGUUGGUGGUCAUCCUGUUAUUGUUUUCCGCUUCCCACCUCGGACCAAAUUCCCUCGAAAUUCAAUUAUUACUGUUUGGGCUGCUGAUAUUCCCUUUUUUCCUUUUUUUUUCUUUUGUCCUUUUUUUUUGUCUCCUUUUUUUUUUUUUCUUGUCUCGUUUUUUUUUUUUUUUUUUUCUUGUCUCGUACCUUUUUCCUUUUUUUUUCUUGUCUCGUACCUUUUUCCUUUUUUUUUCUUGUCUUGUACCUUUUUCCUUUUUUUUCUUGUCUCGUGUCUUUUCCUUUUUUUUCUUGUCUUUUUUUCCUUUUUUUCUUGUCUUGUACCUUUUUCCUUUUUUUUUCUUGUCUCGUACCUUUUUCCUUUUUUUUUCUUGUCUUGUACCUUUUUCCUUUUUUUUUCUUGUCUCGUACCUUUUUCCUUUUUUUUUCUUGUCUCGUACCUUUUUUCCUUUUUUUCCUUUUUUUUUUUUUUCUUGUACCUUUUUUUUCCUUUUUUUUUUUGUUGUCUGUCCUUUUUCCUUUUUUUUUCUUGUCUUUUUCCUUUUCCUUUUUUUCUUGUCUCGUACCUUUUCUUGUCUCCUUUUCCUUUUUUAAAAUGUCUUGUCUUUUUUUUUUUUCUUGUCCUUUUUUUUUUUUUUUUCUUUCCUUUUCCUUUUCCUUUUUUUUCUUUUUUCUUUUUGCUUCUUUCUUUAUUCUUUCUGUUCAAAUGUUCUGAUAAAUUUUUCUUCACAUUUUUCACAUGUUUCUUCUCUUAUUGUUCCUUUUUAUUCCCUGUCUUGUCUUUCUUAUUUUAUCUUUACUUAUUUUUUAUUUCCUUAUUUUCUCACAGUUUUCUUUUUAUUUCUUUAUAUUUUUGUCUUGAGUUUUUCAUUUUCUUCAAGUUCUUUUUAUUUCUUCUAAUGUUUUCUUUGUUCUUAUUUUUUGUCUCUUAUUUUUUCUUUUUAUACUUUUCAUUUUUUUUUCUUCAUUUUAUAAAGGCCAUUGCUUGGACAAAUGCAGCUCACAAGUUUAAUCCUCAACUUUCUCCACAAAUUCCAAUAACUCCUGUUCAUAUCAGGACAAUGCAAAGAACAGCAAUAGAUUCCCCAAUAGAAACAAAACCUUCUUACAGAAAUGAAAUUGCGCUGGAUUUGAGAAAUUCUUCCCAUGCAUGCGACAAGAAUUUGGUCUUUCUGAAAAGGGAAAAACAAAACACCAUCUCAAAUCCAGUCCAAUGUGUAAAACAUCCUCAUGGCUUAGCUCCUGGGAAUCUUGUCCAUCCUUGCGCAGUAAAUGAAAGAGAUUUGAAAUGGUUAAGCCCUGCAUCAACUCCAACACCAAGACUGAAGAAAUCUUCAAGAAAAAGGUUUUCCAAAAGAUGCAGUAGUUCAGAUGAAAGGAAUGUAGCCAGCCAACCCACCAGUGAUACAUAUUCCAAAAACAGAAAUGACUCAAACCGGAGCAAUUCCCAAAAGCCAGAAUUCAAUCUUUUGUCCUGUGCUUCUUUCAUGAAACCCUCCACCAGAUUGCAAUAUGGUCUGGAAUUGAUUCGAGCCCAAUACAACAUGGACUACAACCCACCCAUGCCUCGACUCUCACGGUCUGCUUGGUGA